AUGUCCAAACCACCCAUAACCACCCCCACAAGCAGCAAUCCCACUAAGAAACAUCGACCCCGUUCAUCCUCCUUAUCACUAUCUAUCGCUCGUUCUCCCUCGGUGCUCUCAUCAGGUCUAUUCUCCCCUUUAUCCCCUCAUCCGCAGCAGGACGAAGAAGCGCUGGAAGAUGAAAUACAACAUCACCCAAAUGUAUAUGGUAUCCAUCCGUAUGGUAAUCAGAUGAGGAGGGUUAUCUCCGCUGGCGGUAAAUUGGAUCCUAUACAUGAUGAUGAUAAUAUUGAAGAUAUAGUUGGGGUAAAAGCAAGUUCUAGUGUAUCUCAUCUACCAUCUAUCAUCAACAAAUCACCAAAAAUACCGAUCUCAAAUACCACAACUCUAUUUAAGGGGCUUGACGAAGAAUUGGAUGAUCAUGAUCAAGAACAUGUUGAUAUGGACGAUGGUUCUAGACCACUAUUACAAACUAGAAAAGUAUCUUUUCAACCCCUCACUUCAGCUCGGGAUAUUGAAUCAGAGAUGGACAACUUAUCAGAAUCAGAUGUACGUAGUCAAAUAACGUAUGAAGGUCCAUUUCAACCUCCCGACUCGAAAGAGCUAUUAUCGAUAAUGUUUAGUGUGGUAGGUGUGGUGAUACUGGCUGUCGCUGCUGGAUGUACGACGAUAUUCGACUGGGUAUUAUAA